AGCCCCAAAACGAAUGGCUGAAAUUAGCAAAGCGGAGUAUUUAAAACGCUAUUUAUCUGGUCCAGAGGAAAAUGAAAAGAAAAAGAAAAGGAGAAAAGUUGUAAAACCGAUUUCAAAACAUACAAGAUCAACAAUUAUAGAUGAUGAUGUUGAUUUGAAGUCCUUACUCCCAGAAAACUUAGAAAAUACACUAGAUGAAGAUAUUGGGGAGGAUGAUCCAACCAUUGUAGCUAUUAUUGACGAACGUCCAGAUAAUAUACAACAGUUAGAAACUUAUAGACAUAGUGAUGGUCGAUGGAAGACACUUGGAAAAGAUGAUGAUUUUGACCCAUCGUUAUUGAAGAGUAUGAAAGAUGAAGACAUUUUAAAAAAUACAAAAUCAUUUUUCAAGAACAAAAGGGAAAGUGAAAAUAACAAAAAAUCUAUUUCAAGACAAUCUGAUCUUCCUAGAAGAAAACGACAUGAUUCAGAUUCAGAUAAUUCAUUACCAAGGAAACAGAGGCAUGAUUCAGAUUCUGACCAAUCAUUGCCUAGGAAUCAAAGGCAUGAUUCAGAUUCUAACCAAUCGUUACCAAGGAGACAGAGGCAUGAUUCUGAUUCAGAUACAUCACCACCAAGAAAGACCAAAACCUUAAUAAGUAAAUCUGGUUCAGAACCAAGAAAAAGAUUAGAUUCAGAUGAAUCACCUCCAAGAGGGAGAAGGAAUGCUGGUCACUCACCACCAAAAAGGCAAAGACAUGAUUCAGGAUCUGACAAUUCACCACCUAGAAGGAAAAGACAUGAAUCAGGGUCUGACCAAUCACCACCUAGAAGAAAAAGACAUGAAUCGGGUCCUGACAGGUCACCACCCAGAAGAAAAAGAAAUGAUUCAGGAUCUGACCAGUCACCACCCAGAAGGAAAAGGAAUGAUUCAGGUUCUGACCAAUCACCACCAAGAAAAAAAGAUAAGAUGAGUAAAACAUUAUCUGGUAAAAAAGCUGGAUUACAAAGUGCUAAAGAUAUGAAAAUGGAGGCAGAGAAGAUGAAAAAGAAAGAAGAUGAUGCUUUUAAAAAGAUCAGCAAUGAUGCUCUAGGAAGAAAUGCAGUGACAGUUUUCAGAGACAGAAAAACAGGAAAGAGAAGGAACAUGGAAGAUGAAGCAGAAAAAAAUGCUGAACAACUUGAGAAAGAAAGAAAAAUGGCAGAAAAAUAUGAAAGAUGGGGAAAAGGAAUGAAACAGCAAGAACACCAACAGAGAAAUGUAGAAGAACAUCUACAUGAAGUGUCUAAACCUAUGGCUAGAUUUAAAGAUGAUGAUGAUUUAGAUAAACAUCUAAAGGAGAUAACCAGGGCAGAUGAUCCUAUGCUUAAAUUCUUAAAGAAAAAGAAAUCAAAAGAUGUCAAGAAAAAAGAAUUACCCAAGUAUAAAGGACCACCUCCACCUCCGAACAGAUUUAAUAUGAUGCCAGGCUACAGAUGGGAUGGUGUUGACAGAUCUAAUGGCUUUGAGGCUAAAUACUUUGCCAGCAUAUCCAAUAAGAAAGCCAUAACAGAGGAUGCUUAUAAAUGGAGUGUUGAGGAUAUGUAGUGGAAUGAAGUGUUGAUUUACGUUGGAAGAGGCAGCUAAUGUGUUUGUUAUGUCGAUGGCAGCUGUGUAAUGAAGAAAAUGGUUGCUGGUUGAAGGGUAUAUUGAUAGAAAGGUUCAAGUGUUAAUGGAUUGUAUCAGUCAGGGUGACAAAGUAGUAGUGUGGACAAUUAACCUUUCAAGUUCAGGACUUUAUGAAACAGUCCCUUUAUUUGUCAGAUGUUUUUGACAGUAUCAGGUUAUUGCUUAGAAUUGUAUUGCUAUGCUAAUUAAUCCCAAUAUAGUUUCAAUUAUGAGGCAACCACAACAAGAUAUACUAACUGGAUGUUUGUUACAGAAACAACAUAUUUAAUCACAUCUUAAAUUUGAUUGUGAAAUAACUUGUGUAUUUUUUUCCUAUGAAUUAUACAUGUAUAUUUUGAAUGAUGUAUGGCAAACAUAUAUUCUACUAUCCUAUGGUGUUAUAAGUUCACCACAACAAACUAGAGGAAGAAAUACUGGACUUUAUAUCCCCAAUGUCAAUUUUUUGUGUGGAUCUUAUGUAUGAUAAUAUACCAAAGAUCUGAAAAAGCUUUAGAUAUCUUUAUUAUCAAGGCUGUCCCAGGGUGAA